AUGGACGAUCUCCUAGGCGAAGACUGGCAAAAGCCAUCCAAGCCAGUAGCAUCAACAAUUCCCUCCUUGACAGCCAGCUUCAAUGGCCCUCGCAGUCAGACGCACACACCUCUUCCCAUUCCGACUCUUGCACAAUCCGGACGAUCAACCCCGCAACCCAUCAGCAGACCCGGUAGCACCGUCAGCAGUAAUGGCGGAGCCAAGAACGAUCAAUUCGGAGCUUUACUCGGCCUGAAGUCUGGCAAAGCAGCGUCGAACAAUGUGUCAAUCCAAGAAAGGCAACGACAACUUCUGGAGGAGAAGCGACGACAGCAGGACCAGCAGUCGCACAUGUGGGAUUCGCUUGGAAGUGGAAGUGCUAGCGGGAGAGCGAGUGGAACCGGUACGCCAGAUGUGGUGAAGAGCAAAACGGAAGAAGAAGAGGAUAUUUUUGCAGCUUUCAACAAGGAUGCGCCAGUGGACAAAGCAAGCCAUUUCCCACCACCUACAAUACAGGAUGGGUCUAUGGRGACGGGUGCUUUGGACGACGACGAUCCCUUUGGAUUGGGAGCAUUGCCAAAGGUUGCAAUUGGGCAAAGGCCCGCACCGAGUUUUUCUACUACAGACGAUGAUGUGCUGGGAGAUCUGGCCAAGCCAGUGGAGCCGAAGCCUGUUACAAGGGAAAGGAUUGAGAGACCACCUCCAAGAGAACCCACGCCAGUCAAUACUGCAGAAGAUGGCGCAGUAGCAGAGCUGGUAGACAUGGGCUUUCCACUCGAUAAUGCGAAGAUUGCCUUGGCCGAAUCCGGAGGAGACGUACAGAAUGCUGUGGGCUGGCUUCUGCGGCAGGCACACGAGGAGUCGAAGCAGAAGGCGAAGCAGGAGGAAUCUACGCAACGUCACCGGGACCCUGAACCUCGAAGUCGUGACAAUGGCGAAGCGAUACCUCAAUGGGCACGACAGAACGAUCGUUCGGCUUCGGGAGCGAGACGUCAGGACAGUCGAUCUCCCGCAAGUGGAGAGAAGGAUGCUGCAGCUGUUGCGCAGGAGCUAGGGAGCAAGCUCUUCAAAGGUGCCAAUUCUUUCUGGAAAGCGAGUCAAAAACAAGUCGCAAAGACCGUUGCAGWAUUUCAAGGUGGCUCAGGAGGCGAGGCUUCAUCUCAGCCAAAGUGGAUGCAGGAGACAAGCGGCGAUUCUAGCAGAUCUACCAGUCAACGGCGGGAGGUCAAGUCGCGGCAGCCUGAAAUCGAUGUCACAGAUGAAGCGGCCAUGUUGGAUAUGCCUCGGGAUCGACCCACAAAGCCUUCACGAUCUGCUACACCUCCUAUUCACGAAUUGCCCGGCCGGCAAGCAGAGAGACAAGCCCAGCCUAGAUUUAUGCAACAGCCGCCGCCGAUGCAAGACAAACGACCCGCAACCAAGCUAAGUCGGCAAGAGGUCGAAGAACAGUCUGCGCAAGCAUACAUCAGUCCCGCCCGCAGGAAACGGCCGACACCAUCGCCAACUCCCGCUGUAGAAGUUGAUCUCUUUAGUCCCGCUCAUGCGGCGACACCAGUACAACAACAGCAACCAUCAAAACCCCUACCCGCCCCCUCUUCAUCUCGCCCUGCACAAGCAUCCCGACCCGCGCCGUCUCCACGAUCCCAGGCUCCUCCAAGAGAUAUACCGCAGGUCUCUUCCACCGCGCUCAAAACUUCUGCAGCACAUCGUGCCUCAGGCACGGAAGCCUUCAAACGCGGCGAUUAUGCUUCCGCUCACGAGUCAUACUCUUCUGCACUUAUGGGCAUCCCUCAACAACACCCCAUUGCUGUGGUAAUUCUUUGCAAUCGGGCGUUGACGGCUCUCAAGACUGGGGAUCCUAAAGCUGCAGUCCUUGACGCCGAGAGAGCUUUGAGCGUUAUUGGUCCGGGCAACGGGGUCGGCGAGACGGUAGAAGAGAAGCCUUUGAGAGAGUUCUGGGGUAAGGCUGUAAUGCGAAAAGCAGAGGGGUUGGAAGCGCUGGAGAAAUGGUCGGAAGCUGCGCAGGCGUGGCGACUCGCCGUUGAGGCUGGCGUUGGUGGAGCUAUCAGCGCGAGAGGACGUGAUCGAAGCGAGAAAGCUAGUGCCCCCAAGCCCAAGCCUGCGCCAACAUCGAAACCUCCAGCAUCGAAGCCGAAACCAUCCACAAGAACUCCCGGUCCUGGAGAAGCGGCUGCAGUUGCUUCACUUCGCGCUGCCAAUGCCGCAGCCGCACAGGAAGAAGAUGCGAGGUUCGCAGCGACCGAUGCCGUGGAUGCUCGUCUCGCAACUUGGAAGUCUGGAAAGUCUGACAAUCUCAGAGCGCUUUUGCAGAGUCUAGAUCAAGUGCUCUGGGAAGGAGCCGGGUGGAAGAAGGUGGGAAUGGGAGACCUUAUUCUGCCUGGAAAGGUUAAAAUUGUGUAUAUGAAGGCUAUUGGGAAGGUGCAUCCUGAUAAGAUUCAGCAGGACGCAACUGUUGAGCAGCGCAUGAUCAGCGCCAGCGUGUUCAGUACGCUUAACGAGGCUUGGGAUAAGUUCAAGACCGAUAAUGGGAUGUGA